CUUGGAGAGGUACGCUGUUUCUUGUAAAUUCUGGUCUCUGGAUGAUGCAGCCAAUUUGGCAGCCAAUUUUUUCAUUUUGAAGUUUCUUUUUGAAACAAUUGCAAAGUAUGAUUGUUUUGAAAUAAUCGGGGCGAACUCGCGAAGCAUCGAACAAGAGUUUACAACGAAACGAUGGGUUCAAACGCGACGGACAAGGAGAAACUUCUGCGCGAGACCGAAGCAAUGCUUCGUGCUGUCCUUAUCAGCAGCCCUCGCGGAGUACGUUUCGAGAAACUGCAACGGGAUUUCUUUGAACUGACGGGAAAACAAAUACCAUUCAAAGAGCUGGGUUAUCCAAGGCUCGAGAACCUUCUGCAAAGUAUGCCCUCAGUAGCAAGGAUAGAAAAGGAACCAGGUGGUGACUUCGUUGUGAAGGGGGUGGCCUCAAGUGCUGACCAACACGUUGCGAAGUUGAUCAGCAAACAGAAAAAGCCUUCUCUCAAGAAAGGGGCGAAGUCGUUCGUGGCCAAACGAAGGCAAAUUCUGUUUCAAAAGAAUGCAAUCACCCCGGUGAGGAAACCCAUUGGGCGACCACGGCCGCCAAUCCAUAAAAGUUCAAAUUUUAUGGCCCCAAAGUUUGUACCACCAAGAAUGCAGCGACUACAACAGGAGAACAACAAGAACAGGGCUGUUGCACUGCCACUGAGACAAAAUACGAAGGCUAAAGAUCCCAUGAAUUUGUCGGUCAAAGUGUCAAACAAUGAGAGAAGUGUCACAACUGUCGCCUCUCAUGAUCAAGAGCACCCUGUGGCAUCUGGUAUACUCGAGAACGCAGCGUCAGUCAGAUGGAUCAAAGCGGAAAUUGAAAAAGCUAACAGUGGACUGUGGGCAACACGUCUGGAACACCUCUUCAAAGAGAAGUUUAAAAGAGCGUGUCCGAAGCAACUUAUGCAAGAGCUAAAAUUUCGACCAGAUAUCACACGAGUGGAGGAGCCUAUUGCUGGGAGAUUUUUACUCUAUGCUCCAAGACAACAACAGCCUCCUGUAGCUUCCGGAUCACAUGUUGGAAAUCAGAUCCAAGUGAACAAAGCCGACUUCGUAAUACCAUGCUAUUUACCUGAUGUUGGUGCGUCAGUUCUUGUGUACAUAUCCCAUAUGGAGAACCUCAGCUGUUUCUAUGUCAGUCUUUCAGAUUCAAUUUCUGAAAUGUUGAGCGAAGAGAUACGCAAGCAUUACAAGACAAGUCAAUACAACUCCGAUGCCAUUCCAUCAAUCUCCCAAGGACAGAUAUUCUGCGCCCAAUUCACGGAAGAUAAAAAUUACUACCGCGCACGCGUCCUGGAAGUGGUUGACAGUGCGCAUGUCAAAGUACUCUAUCUUGACUUCGGUAAUAAAGAGAUUAUCUCAGUGGAGAAACUGCGGGUCCUUAUCAGCGAUUUUCAAACACAACCAAUUCAAGCAUUUGAGUGUUGUUUAGAAGGUGUGCAGCCUUUAGACCAGUGUCAGGAAUGGAGCGAGGCAGCCAUUGUUAAGUUUGAUGAACUGACAAGCGAAAAGGAACUGCGGAUGACCGUGCACGAGAUUGACGGCGCUAUCCUAACAGUAUCUCUUGUGGACGUGUCAUCGGAGAUGGACAUUGCUGAAAUGAUGAAGAGAGCUGGUUUAGCCGUUGGGACUAAAAACCUGGAGACAACUUCAUCAUCGUCAUCUUCCUCCCUGUCCUCCUCUUCAGGACCAACGUUGGAGAGGUCUCCUUCAAAAACAGAAAGCGUUGCAUCGCGGUCUCGUCGCUUAAAAUCCAAAUCCCCAGGUAUUGUUGAGUUGCCGGACGAGCUGUUUCUUGAUGUUCUGGUUUGCAAUAUCACGGGAACUUAUGACGUGUAUCUACGUCUGGUCGGCGAGGAAUACUCGACUAAAUUAGAAGCUAUUCAAGAAAGUAUGACGUGUUAUUACAGCGAUUCAAAAGACGAAGUUAUCACAGACCCUGCCAACGGUGAUUUGUUUGCGCUGAUUUCGGACGAGGUCUGGUGUCGAGUUAAGGUGACGAGUGUAAAUGGCGGGGAAAUUAAAGUGUUCUUCGUUGAUCACGGGGACAGCACGGUGGCUAGUAAAGAUCAGUUGAGACCUUUGGCCCCUCAAUUCAGGCAACUGCCCUUUCAGGUUUUCCAAUGCGCUCUAAAUGGCUUACCAAAGACCAAAAAUCCGGACGUUGUUGAAACGUUAAAAAAGUUGAUUAUGGGCGAAGUUGCUGUGGCCGAGAUUAUAAAAAGGAUGGGGGAUUUGAUAUUUAUCGAGCUAUUGGACACAAGAACCGAUGCUAAUAUUGUGGUGAACAAUGUCGUGAGAAAGUUGGUUAUACCCGACGAAGAGUUGAAACCUGUUUUACCAAAGGUUGGCCAGAGUACGGACGCCGAUCUGGCGUACAUUUCGACGGCGGGAAAUGUAUUUCUUCAUGUUUCUGCUGUUGGGAGUAAACGAUUGGAAGAACUGAACAGAGACCUUACUGAACAUUAUAAGUCCAAGCAAUCGAAAGCAAGUGAAUUUAUUUCAAAGCCCGAAGCAGGCAAAAUAUGUUGUGCGAAAAGUGGUGAUGGACACUGGUAUCGUGCGAAAAUUGUUUCUUUCACUGAUAGGGAUGCUACGGAAGUGGUCUUCCUGGAUUAUGGUAAUACAGAAGUUAUACCCACCACAGAUUUACGAAAACCGACUCAGGAAAACUCUCAUGUCUUGUCACUGCCGUUCCAGGCGCUGGAAUGCCAACUUUACGACGUACCGAAGGAUGGCUGGAGCGACGAUGUUAUCAAUCGAAUCUUCGAAAUUGUCGAACAAGGCAGCCUGCAAGCAGAGGUGAUAUCAAAAGGUGAUAUACCCGCGGUGAGCCUUUUAGUUACAAUGGAAUCGGAAGGUGAGUGCGAGACUCAUCGCCUCGCAAGUCUGCUCGGGCUUGGAGUCUUCGUAAACGGCAACCAACCUGUAUCAAAUAUGGAGAUCAGUAAUACUGAUGUUAUAAAGAAGGAAACGCAAGCUGGAGUGAGCGAGGAAAUAUUGAUACCAGCUAAGGAGGAAGUAAAUCCAAAAAAAGUGGAAGAUGAAAGAGCAAGCAGAGCUGCAAAUAUCUCUAAUGCUAUGAAUGAAUUGGUUGACAAUUCGCAAGGCGUGAAUACGGGUUUAAAUGGGGGUCCUGGAGCACAGGCUGUGCGGGCUGAUGAUGUUAAGGUGACUGGUAAUCAUUUGCGAUGGAAUCCACUGCCACUUCAAGUUGGAUGGUUUGAUGUCUACAUCACCGAAGUCAGAGACGCCGAUCAUUUCACGUUUCAACUUUUGGAGAGCAAUUCAGAGAUUACCAAAUUGGGGGAAGAGUUACAGGAGUUUUACCAGAAUCAAGUUGAAACUGAAGUGACGUUGGUCGAGGGAGACGUGGUUGCUCUUUUCUAUGAAGCCGACGAAUAUUGGUAUCGUGGUUUAGUUGAGACUGUAAUCAAUGAGGAAAAAGCGUACAUUCGGUUCCUGGAUUAUGGCGGAAACGCUACCGUUAACAGGGAGGACGUACGCGUUUUGGAUGAAAAAUUUCUGAAGUUGCCAUUCCAAGGGGUUUCAGCAAAAUUAGCUGGAGUAAAGUGUACAAAGAAAAAGUGGUCUAGGCAGUCUAUUAAGCAUCUUAAAUACCUAAUGUUGGAUCGAUCUCUAGUAGCGAGAGCCGCCAAUGGCCUUGCUAACUACAAUCUCGACCCCUCAUCUACUGUUGAAUUGGAACUUUGCGAUACAGAAGACCCCAAACAGGACGUCUUUAUUGCAGAGAAGUUUAUUGCAAGUAAUUUUGACGUCGUUUCAUCGUUAUCUCCAGCAAUCUGAGGCUCUAUGUGCGAUUUAUUAAUAAUUUGAAAUACUUCAUAUUAAUCGUAUGUCGUCCGUCGUCUUGUGGUUCAAGAAUGAGAAUUUUCAGUAGGAGUGGAGACAGUCACCAAUUACAGGGAAUUGGAAAACGUUUAAAUUGGAAAUCCAGAGUUUUAAUACAAGGCGGAAUAUAUUGGAAUGUUUAAAGGUAUUGUGAAGGCAUAAGUUCCGGUUGCAGAAACUCUUUACCGCCUUCUGUAACGGAAAGCAAAUUUAAAAAUUGAAGUAUGACACAAUGGAUGUUUUUGUUCAAUCUCAGUUAAUUGGAGGUGUCGCUUCAGUCAUUAGAGUUUGAAAAUGUUCUUUCUAUUGGCAAAAGGACAACGGUCUGGAGAGCAAUAUUUUUGAACAACCAAAUUUGUGAGCGGGAACAAUGUUUCAGACAGGUUUUACCAAAGUGAUGUUUUGUACCAAGGCAGGUUUAAGGACGAAGAAUUUUAAAACUUUUUUAGAUAUCACAACAGAACUACAUGCCAGUAAUCUUUGUUCUUGUUCUCAGUUUGGUUCAGGGAGAAAUUUAUCGUUAGGAUGCUAUUCUUCAGUUGUAAAUGCUUCACCUUUAGCUGAGAUGGAGUCCGGUUAAUGGCGGUGCAACACUAGCUAAACUGAAUGGCUAAAUUAUCGAAAUGACCUGCCUGUACUAAGUCGGGGAUAAUAAAGUUGACGCCAGGAAAACUUUGGAGGCUGAAGUGAACAUUCAGAAUUCUGAAGAAAAAACUAUGAAAUUGAUGUUACCUCCAUGAAUGAUGAUUGGAGAUGCCUGGUUGAGAUUUUUCUAAUAGAAAAAUGUGCGGAUUGGACGCUUAUAAACCUUAUGGCUUGACUUUUAAUGGUGCAUGUUAGUAAACUCUUGGCAUGCGAAACUGCUCGUUUUGAAGUAAUGGACAACGAGAGGUGAUUUAGGAGUUUCUUGAAAACGGAUUGAAACGGUUUGAUGGAAAUGAUGAGCUUUGGGAUAAAAUGCUGCAACUGCCUGUUUUCAAAACAGAUAAUCGCGCACUUGGAUGCUUAACUGGCAUUCAUAAUAUUCAUAAUAGUAUUGAAUUUGAAGGCCUUUACCAAUCAUUGUUGGUGACAUAAAUUUGUGGUAAUUUGAAUGAAGCUCACAACUAUGGCUGUAGAUAUGCCAAGCGAGCAAGUUCGCAAUGAAACUGGACAUUAUGGCAGAAUUUAAUGACGGAAAUAACAAUCUUCGUUGGGUUUUAGACAAAUUUAGUUGAUUUGGAAGACGAUAGACCUGAUUUGACUCGUCGUGGCUGUGGAAUAUGUUAUAUGAAAGAUACCAAUUUUCGCCGUUGUAAAAUGGAACUAUUUGGCCUUUAAAACAAUUCGUAUUCGCCGUGGUGGAAGACGAUACGAAAGAAGAAACUUGGAUUUCACAUUUAAACAGUUUUGUUUCAGAAGUUUUUAGACUCUGGCUGCUUCAGGAGAAAGUAAUAAUUUUUGUCCAAAAGGUAGACUUAUAAAGCCGCCAUUCUAAAACUUUUACGAAUUACUGACCCAUGUCGUAUAAGUGGAGUACUUUUCGUAUAUAGAAAAACCCUGUUAUUUUGAGGUGACCUAUUUUCAAAGAUAUCAGCGUUAGAUAUGAAGGACAGGAUUGUAGUGUGGGCUAAGAAUUUUAGACACACGCUACUUUUUCAUCUCGUUAUAAAAUGAAAAUUGAAAAACUUGAAAAAGACUAUUUUGAUGUAUUUUUCUAAUGUCAAUCAGUUUAUUAAACUGU